CGCUCUAGCAACGCUUAUGUCGGUAACAGGUUCAGGAGCAGGGCCACAACUCAACCGCACCCGUGCUACUCAGCUGACGUCGUUCAUCUCAGAUUGCUCGACCCACCCAUCCCCUCACCCCUUCCUAUUCAACACUGUCUGGGGGGCCAGUAACUUACUCGGGUGAAACCACUUACAAGACGGAACCCCUACUCGGAGUCUCCUCCACCCGGUCAUCAUACAUCCUCCCAGACCAGCCUUGUCCAGGGCGUUUACAGGCAGUAUAAAAGAACUGGAGCUUCUUCUCUCAAAUUUGCUGUUCCACUCAGACUCAACACUUUCUCUCUGUGGCUGGUGAGAGCUCAAACACUGCAGCAAUGCCUCCACCUGGUGUGUGCACUACAAUCAUCAAUGCACGUCAAAAGAAAGAUGGUUAUGGUCCCUUCACCAAACCUGAGAAGUUCCUCAACCAAGACUUCCAUCAGCUGAAACGCUACUGUGUCAUCCAACGGGUGAGGUACAUCGAUGAGAUGUUCCCCCCUGACAGGAAGUCCAUCGGCGAAGGGUUGCUGAGCCCUGCUGACCUAGCUCGAGUGGAGUGGCUGAGACCAUCGAUACUUGUUCCCAACCCAUCUCUUGUUGUUGACGGGGUCUCCAGGUUUGACUUUGGUCAAGGUUUGGUUGGAAACUGUUGGUUUCUUGCGGCUAUCGGGGCUCUGACAUUCCAGAAUGACGUCCUUGAGCAAGUUGUUCCUCUCGAGCAAAGAUUUGAUGAGGACUACUGUGGGCUGUUCCACUUCAGGUUCUGGAGAUUUGGAAGGUGGGUGGAUGUUGUCAUUGAUGACAAGCUACCAACAAUCAAUGGCAGACUAAUCUUUGUUCGCUCCAAAGACCCAACUGAGUUCUGGCCUGCUUUGCUGGAGAAAGCUUAUGCGAAAGUGUGCGGUUCCUACUCAGACAUGAAUGCUGGAACUCCUGUCGAGGCUUUGGUGGACUUCACUGGAGGUGUUCACAUAAGCCUCCGUCUGCCAGACUGUCUUCCAGACCUGUGGGAAAUUAUGUGCAGAGCUGGCCAAUCCAAGUCACUGAUGGGUUGUGGUACAGCACAGGGGGAGACAUCUGCCGACAGUGUAUUACCAAAUGGAUUGGUCCAAAGCCAUUCCUACGCUGUCACAGGUGUGAAACAGAUGAUGAGCAGAGAGCAACUAGUACACCUGGUCCGUUUGUGGAACCCCUGGGGCAAAGGAGAGUGGAACGGAGACUGGAGUGAUCAGUCGCCUUUGUGGCAAACCGUGAGUCCUCAAAAUCGUGAGAUGUGCCUUUCAGUGGCUGAUGAUGGGGAGUUUUGGAUGACCCUGGAAGACUUCUGUAAGUUCUACACGGAUCUUGACAUCUGCUGCCUGUGUCCCGACUUCCUUGAUGGAAGUUCUUCUUGCCAUUGGAAGACCUCCUUCUACGAGGGCAGAUGGGUGGCAGGAACCACGGCUGGAGGAUGCAUGAAUAACCUUGAGAGCUUCUGGACUAAUCCACAGUAUCGGGUCAAGGUUGACAAACUACUGACUGAAUGUUCUACAAAAGAGGGUGAAAAAAACAUGCUGGUGUCUCUCAUGCAAAAGCCUGACAAGAGGAACAGGCGUCUUGUCCAAAAUCUUUACAUUGGAUUCUCUGUAUUUGAGGUGACCAAAGAAUACGAGGCACAGAGGGGAAAGUUCCCAGCCUCUUUCUUCAGCAAAAACGAACCUGUUGCCCAAACUAAAACCUACAUGAAUGCACGUGAGGUGAUGGCGUUCAUAAUGCUGACGCCAGGUGAGUACCUGAUUGUGCCGUCCACCUUCAAACCCAACGAGACAGCCUCCUUCAUCCUGACCAUUCUCUCCAAGGCAGAGACCCAUGUCCAAGAGAAUUCUGGUGGCCUUAACCAUGAACAGUUAGAGGAAGAAGACGUGUACAGGUCCAUACCAGCCAAAAAUGGAGUGGAUGACGAAAACAAGAGAAACUUGUUCCAUCAAUUCUCUGACAAGUAUGAUGAAGUGGAUGCUGAGCAGCUCCAGAGACUUCUAAAUGACAGAAUCCUGAAAGGAGACUUGAAAUCUGGAGGCUUCAGCAUUGAUGCCUGUCGCAGCAUGGUUGCACUAAUAGAUACAUCAGUUACUGGCAAACUAAAUGGUGAGGAAUUUGUUCGUCUGUGGAGGAAGGUUGCCAAAUACAAGGUAAACAGACUUUCUUGUCUGGUUUAG